AUGAAGCUUUUUCACUUUCUCUCUAUUGUGCCUGCCAUAUUCCACAGUACCCUCGCCACUUCCCUCAACGACACCGUCGAGAUCCGAGCAACAUGCCCUAGCACGACCAGAGUCUUUGAUUUCUACCCUCGCAUCUUCACCAUCAAGGUCUACACCAACAAAUUCAUAGGCGACGUUGCCUUAGUCAACAGCGGACACAGCAAAAAUGGCUACAUCUUCCACUACACUCCCGACUUAGCCACCGGCAAAGCUCCUAGAUUCUCUCUGACCUUCUACAACUCGCUCAGAACAUACGAGAACCCAGCCGGAAAACUCCCUUGCUACCUACUCCAGUCCGGAUCCGGGAAAUCUGCAGUUCAGUUUCCCACCUGCAGCAAGCCCGAGAACCUUGGCGGCGGCACCGCGAGAAUUUUGAGCCACGAGUGGGAACCAAGACCCAUUUGCCUGAACGGACAGACGAGAUAUGUUCUGGUGCCGUACUUCAGACCGAAUAAUAAUGCGAAGAAUGUUUAUUUCGAUGAUUUCACUGCUGGUGAAUUCUACCCGAUUGUGUAUCACACUGCCUCGAAGACUCCUACCACGAUGUUGAUUAUUGAGAAUGCACCCAGUAAUUGA